AUGGAGAACUCUCGACGCACGCCUGCACCACCCAUCACCUUAUCCUUCGUCAGUGCUCCCAUUACCUUAAAAGCCCACCUGCACGACCCAUUAGCCCGGUGGACUGUUCACGCAGAUCAUGCAGCGCCGUCUGUUUCGAUGUUCCUUUCGCGCAGGCGCAACGCUGCAGUGGGUGCUCCCGGAAAUGACGAUGACUUGGUACCCGAUGAAUACUUCGAUCCUCCUUCACCGCAGCCCAAUCCAUGA